UUGCCGAGGCCACACUGACAGCCGGGUGGGCGUCCAUUGGGCGCGCUUCUGGUGGGAUCUUUUGUUUCCAUCCGUCAGCUGAUCGUGCGUCGACCAUUGCGGUGCAUUGUUGUUUGGCCUGCCCGCUUCUGAGUGUGUGCGUGUGUGUGUGUGUGUGUGCAGUGUGUUGUUGGGUACGCACUGGCGCGCGAAACAAAAGCCCGAGACUGAUUAGAUUAGACAACACAUACCUCAUCCAUUUCUCUAUUGGCAGAUAUACCCACACGAAGGUGGCGAAGCAAGCGUUCAUCUCCACCGUCGGCAGGAUGGGCAAGCGGCAACUGUUACUCAUGUCGUCCUCGGCGGUGCACGGAUUCGGAUACCUCGAGCAUGCCGAAUCGGAACUGACCAGCUUUCUGAAGCACAACAGCGUGCAGGAGGUGCUGUUCGUGCCGUACGCCCUCACCGACCACGACGGGUACACCGAGCGGGUCGGCAGCGUGCUGCGCAAGCUCGGCUUCGGCUGCACCGGCAUACACACCGCGCCGGAUCCGGUCCGGGCGGUGCAAAGCGCCCAGGCGAUCUACAUCGGCGGCGGCAACACGUUCCUGCUGCUCGACACGCUCUACCGGCGGCAGCUGGUGGAACCGAUCCGCGAGCGCGUCCUGCACCACGGCGUACCGUACGUCGGCAGCUCGGCCGGCACGAACGUGGCGACGCGCACCAUCCAGACGACGAACGAUAUGCCGAUCGUGCAGCCGGCCAGCUUCGAGGCGCUCGCGCUCGUCCCGUUCAACAUUAACCCGCACUACCUCGACCCGGAACCGAACGGCACGCACAAGGGCGAGACGCGCCCGGAGCGCAUCAACCAGUUUCACGAGCUGAACGCGGCACCGGUGCUCGGGCUGGCCGAGGGAACAGCCCUGUUCGUGGACGGUGAUCGGGCGACGCUGGUCGGGCCGCAGCCGGCCGUACCCGGCACGCCGUACGAUGCGCGCCUGUUCCGCAAGGGCGAGCAGUCGGUGCUGUACAAGGUCGGCAGUGAUUUGAGCUUUUUGCUGCGUGAGUAAGCGGAAGACGGAUGCCGGUUGAAAAUGGGCUUGUGCGGGAAAGAAGCAAUAAAAAGGCGCAAAUAAAUUUUAAA